GGGCAUGAACCAGGGCAGCGGGAAUAACGAGAGCAGGACGAGAUUUGGGGUUUUGAGCUCUCACUUCCGCCCCUCGCCCUUUCCCCCUCCUCCUCCUCGUUCUCGCAUGGCCUCCUCGGAGAAGGACGCCGCUCUUGCCGCCGUUCCCUCCGAUGCUCCCACCAUCUUUGACAAAAUUAUAAAGAAGGAAAUUCCUUCCACAGUGGUUUUUGAGGAUGACAAGGUUCUUGCAUUUAGAGAUAUAUCUCCCCAAGCUCCCACGCAUAUCAUAAUCAUCCCCAAAGUUAAAGAUGGAUUGUCUCAACUUUCAAAGGCAGAAGAGAGGCAUAUUGAGAUACUUGGUUACCUUCUCUACGUAGCCAAACUUGUUGCAAAGCAGGAAGGGCUUGAUGAUGGCUUUAGAAUUGUCAUCAACGACGGGCCCAAAGGAUGCCAAUCUGUCUACCAUAUUCAUGUUCAUCUUCUCGGGGGCCGACAGAUGAACUGGCCUCCUGGCUGAUCAGUGAUUCUCAGUUCUCAUAGUUUUCUAAUAAAGUGAAUCGAUAAGUGCAGUAGUGUGGAACUGCUAGUGCCUGGGUUGUUUCUUUUUAUGAUCUUGAGAUCCUGCACUGAUGUUUGCUUGAAACUGUCUCUGCUUUUGAGGCCAAAACAUUUAUGUAUCUCAGGAUAAUGCAGACUAAAGACUUGGAAUCGAAAUCAGAUGAGGAUGCACUUGUAGUUGGUAUUGUCUGCACCGACAUUGCUGAAGUGCUUUAAUUAUAAUGUUCUUACU